AUGCCACGUUUAGAAGAAUCAGAAAUCAAAAAAUAUUGGCAAAUUUUCCAAAGUUUAAAACCACAAAAUAAUAAAUUAACUGGAGAUCAAUUGAGUUCAAUAUUGAAGAAUUCUCAAUUACCACAACAACAAUUAUCAGCAAUUUGGGAAUUAAGUGAUAUUGAUAAUGAUGGGAAAUUAGAUUUUGAAGAAUUUUGUAUUAUUAUGAGAUUAAUAUUUGAUGUAAUUAAUGGGAAAUUACCCAAUGUCCCACAAGAAUUACCAUCAUGGUUAAUUCCUGCUAGUAAAUCAGCAAUUAUUCAAGCCAAUAAAGCAGUUAAUCAAGGAAAUAAUAACUUCGGUGACAUAGAUGAUGAUGAAGAUGAUAAAUUGAGUAAUGAUUUUGAUUGGUAUAUUUCACCUACUGAUAAAUCAAUUUAUGAAAAAAUUUAUGAUUCCAAAUGUGAUUCAUUUGGUAGAAUCAAAUAUUCUAGUUUGAAUGAAUUAUAUAAUGGAUUAACUAAUGUUCCUAGUAGUGAAAUAUCAUCAGCUUGGAAUUUAAUCAAUCCUAAAUCAUUUGAAACUAUAGAUAAAGAUCAAACAUUAGUUUUUUUACAUAUUUUAAAUCAACGAGAAAAUGGUAAAAGAAUUCCUCGUGGAGUGCCUGCUAGUUUAAGAGCUACUUUUUCAAAAGAAGUACCAAAUUAUGAUUUACUGGCUCAAGCAAAACCAUCAAUUUCAGCAACUACAGAAACUGGGAAAAAAUCAUUUGCAGAAAAUUAUCUUAAUAAAAUUGGUGGUGGUGUUGGUGCGAGUAGUACAAUUAAUAAUGGUAGAAAUGAAAAAGGAACUGAUUUUUCAGCUACUCAAGGUACUGAUUGGGAAGAAGUUAGAUUGAGACGAGAAUUACAAGAUUUAGAAAGACUAUUAGAUAAAGUCCAAAAUGAUACUAAAAAUCAAAAAGAUAAUUCAAAUAAUAAUCAAGACAAUAAUGAUAUGUUAAUUAAAUAUGAAUUUGAACAAUUACUAAAAUACAAACAAAAUCAAUUAAAUUCCACCACCAACGCCAGCAAAAAUUCUACUGAUUUAUCUUCAGUAAAACAAGACAUUGAAGAAAUUCAAAAUCAAGUCAAUACAUUACAAGAAUUUUUAACUACAAAGAAUCAAGAAUUAUUAAAAUUAAAUCAACAAAUUGAAUCAUUAAAAUAA